GCCCUAAUUACUUUAGUAUUUAUAUAGAUAUCUCUAUUAUCUCUCGCGAUUCGACACGCGUAUAAGAUCGACCGUCAUAUAACAGAUACCACGACGUUUGGCGAGUGUCCCUCCGACCUGUGAACCGGCUACUGGACAUAUUAUCCGAGUAACGAUGGGCCUUGGUAUCCUAGAAGAUGAACAUCUCGCUCACGUACCAGGAACGGUAAAUCUUACUCAGACUUCAGAGACAUCGGCGACCGAACCAGAUACUAAGUUGAAGUACGACAAAACCGGGACUAUCAUACUCGUUCCACAACCUUCAGAUGAUCACAACGACCCGCUGAAUUGGCCUCUUUGGAAGCGCGACGUAUACCUUCUUACACUCUCUCUCCUCGCGGUCAUCGCAUCGACUUUGUCGUCUCUUCUCGCAGCGAACACUUUAACACUAUCUCUUUACUUCGGGCGCACUUUCACUGACGUGGCUCUUCUCACGGGAUAUCAUCUUUUAGGGGUUGGUAUCGCCGGUUUCCUCUUCGUUCCCUCCGCUCGUGUCUGGGGCAAGCGCCACUGCUACAUCAUCGGUACCAUUUGCCUUAUAUUCAGCUCUGCGUGGGCUGGUAGUACAAAAAACUGUGGCGGGCAAGGGAAUGACCAAUUCUGUUAUGACGGCACCUAUUACACCAGUCUGACCUGGGCAAGAGUGUUCCAAGGAGUUGGCCUCGCACCGUUCGAGGCAUUGGUUAAUGCUAGCGUUGGAGAUCUUUAUUUCGUGCACGAGCGCGGGUUGCGUAUGGCUGUCACCAACCUCGCACUCUUCGGGGGUGCAUUCUGUACUCCGAUAAUCGUGGGGAAGAUGACUGCAACGUUGGGAUGGGAUUGGCCUUUCUACUUUGUCGCGAUCCUCUGCGGUGCAUUGUUCCCAGUGGUCAUCUUCUUCCUUCCUGAGACGUCAUAUCGCAGAGACGAUAACUUGAAUACCGAUAUAGGAGCUAGCGAAGAUCAUCGGAAUCAGGAUCCUACGUCCUAUGUGUCCACAAACAAGACGCUUAACAUUCCUAACGAUGGCAAUGGUAAUGACAGUAUAGCGGGGCAUCGUCAUGAGAGCGCAUCCGCUGCACCAGUCGAACGUACAUACUGGCGGUCUCUCACGCCCUUCAAUGGACGGAAGACAAAUGAAGGAUAUCUACGCUUGCUUCUGCGACCAUUUCCGCUGUUCUUCCAUCCUGGCGUUGCCUGGGCCUACCUCAUUCAAGGGGUAAUGAUUGGCUGGACUGUCAUGAUCGGGGUGGUACUAGCAGCAAUCAUGCUUGGCCCACCGCUAUAUUUUGAUGAAGUUGAGACUGGAUAUCUCUACGCCGGGGCUUUCAUAGGAGCCGUGGUCGGAUUCUUCUUCUCCGGUAUCCUGGCAGACUAUAGCGUGAAGCUCAUGACCAAAUGGAACCGGGGUGUUUACGAGCCCGAAUUUCGCAUGGUACUUGUCAUUCCACAGACGGUUUGUGGGGUCGUUGGAUUGCUCUGCUUUGGCUGGACUAGCAACAACACAUUCCGGUACGGGUGGUUCCCAUCCUGUUUCUUCUUCGGCAUGCAGGUCGCCGGUAUGGUUUUUGGUGCGGUAUCAUCAUCGUUAUACAUUGUCGAUGCGCAUCGUGAUAUCGCCAUCGAAGCAUUUACAUGUCUAUUGGUGUUCAAGAACAUAUUCUCCUUCGGUUUGACCUACGACUCAUACAACUGGCUCGUUCAAAGUGGGCAGGAGGGGAUUUGGAAAGUCUUCCGCAUUAUUGGUGGAGUUCAAAUUGCGGUUUGCGCUCUGACGAUUCCAAUAUAUGUAUUGGGCAAAAGGAACAGGAGUUUCUGGGCGAGGCAUCCGGUGUUCUUUCAGGCUUCGGAUGCUAUAGCGGAUCUACCUAAGAAGUUCUUUCGAACGAUAUUCAAGAACGAGCCUAGGAAUAUUUUAUAAACCUAACCUCUACUAUAUCUAAUAAAUUUCUAUAAGGUAAUUUUCUUAUUAGAAAUAGCUUAAUAUUAGUAAUUAACUCUACUAAUAAUAUCUACUUAUAUAUAUAAAUACUCU